AUGGAGGGAUCUACUGUGUCCCUUUACACGAAUACUGCUGCUGUAUCUAUUCUACACACUUCAAAUGAGGGUUACACUAAGGUUGUCACCGACAGAAGUAGUGACUAUCGCUUGUUCGAUACCAAGCUGAUAAUAGUUUCUUUGAGCGCUUCCACCCAAGCGUAUCAAAACAACAUCACAGUCUUCAAAGGGAAGGACGUCAGGAUCAGCACGGAGUCGUACAACCAGGUGGUUGUUUGGUACAAGAUCACUGCUGGGUUACUAGUACCAGUGGUGGACACCUCCAUCAGGAUCCAAGUGCGACCUUCUGUUCUUUUGAUCAGAAAAGCUGUUACCACGGACCAAGGCACGCGCGUUUACAUGGGCAAGUCAGGGUCAGGUGAUUGGUUCAUGUUCACAGUAACCGUAAUAGAUAAAGUAGACCCUAUCAGCUACUGGGUGAUGCACGGUGAUACGUUUGCUAUCUCCCUCCGCAAGCAGUACUCUGAUAUAAAGUGGUAUUUCAUGUCCUCGACCUACCUACUGAUAUCUAACAGUGCAACAUACUCUGUGCUAAAUAAUGGUCAGGGACUUGUUAUAAAGAAUAUGAGGGAGAACCAGGCGGGAUACUACCAAGUCACAUAUGUUUCUGGUCGCUCACCCUCCAAUGUGUUCUACGAGUUAAAAAUAGGAAAAGUGAUCCGAAGAACCCAAAUACACGCUCUGGACGGGGAGGAGAUAAGAGUGUCAGGUAGUUCCAGGAACCCUACAGGGUGGUGUUUUAAAGGGAGAUCAGAGGAACCAACAACUCCACUUCGUAUGGGAGAUGUGGAGGUGGUCGGAACUGGGCUUAUCAUCAGCAAACUUACUGUUCAAAACACGGGAACCUACAUAUAUGCGUUCGGCAAUGGAGAUAUGGAAGUAUUCGAUAUAGUAAGAGUGGUUCUGCCGAGCUUGCUAAAUACAAUGAACUUCUGGCUGGGCCAACAGAUAGAACUGCGUGUCCGUUCUAACCAGAUAGUCUCCACUUGGUAUAAAGUCUCUGGGGGUGUUCUCACCCCGGUAACCUCCUCCGUCCAGAUUGAUACCCAGUCUCUGUUAAUACCCCGAGCCGAGCUGACCCACCAGGGAUUGUACCUUGCUCUAACGGACAGUAAUCAGUGGCUUGCUUGGAGGGUUAAUGUGAAUCAGGAACCACCAAACUACACGACAAUAGUGGCACCGGAGGGAGUUAACGUGAGACUGGACGUAACUGGGCUUGUACUGAACUGGUACAUCUUCCCCUCAACUUCUCCUCUACGGACUGAUAGUAGAGUUCAAGUGGGCAGCAAGCAUCUUGUUCUCAGAAACUUUGAUAGCUCUUUUCAAGGUUUUCAGAAGAUGACAUUUUAUGUGUUUAUUAAUGGUGAUUGAUAAUGAUUAUCAUGUUCAGUGUAAGUCGAUUAUGACCAUUUGGUGUACUGCACUCUGCAGUUUGGACAAUUGGACUUGUAUGAAUAAC